UGGCGGCGGUGGUGGAGGGCGGGGGAGGAGGAGAGGCGAGAGGAGAGAGGAUGGAGAGAGAGUGGGACCCGGAUGCUGAUGCGAGUGAGACGAAGGAAGGAAGAGGAGAGAGGAAAAAAAUAUCGAUUUACGGCAAGAAAAGCGAAGGGAGUAUAAUACAGGAGGCCUUUCCACUGCGUGAACUAACAUCCGAAGUGAGGAGGGGGGAUACAGACAGCCAAUAAUAGCGCGUGUUGAUCGGCGGAUAUAUCUGUGUGUGUGUGUGUGUGUGUGUGUUUUUUUUUCUACCUGUGUAUCGGCCGGUGAGGGAGGAGGAGGAGGAGGAGGAGGACACGCCAAAGGAGAGGAGAGGAGAAGAUGCUGUGAUCCGCUACUUGCAGGGAUGUAGAGAGGGAGAGGACGGAGAGGGAGAGAGAAGGGGGGGAGAGAGAGAAAGACUACGCUACGCUAAAGAUGGUUGUUUCGCGAGGGGGUAUUGUGGGAAUGCGGCGGCCGUGUGAUCAAUCCAACCGUUCAAACUUCACGAGGCGUCGGUUUUUUUGACAGGCGGCGCGCGAGCGAGCGAGCGACAGACGGCCGUUGGUCGAGGCGUUGAAGCUAAGCUAGCCUCGCUGCUGUGCGGGGAGAGCGGCGGCGAGGCUACAUAGCAUGUUUGUGCAGAAACAAACAACAGAAAAACAGGCCUGCGUUCAAUUAAACUGGAUUUAAAUGUCAGCGCUAACACCCACUUGUCGUAUUUGACGUUUUUUGUUGUUGUUUUUUUAUUUUUUGGGGGUUGUUGUUGUUGUUGUUGGUCGAGCCAACGGUUAAAUGUCAUAAAUCCGUGCAGCAGCUAUCACAGCGUCAACGUUACUCUGCGAUAAAUCUUCUUAAUAACCGUCAUAUAUAGUCACACAUGUAAACACAGCGCAGGUUAUACGAAAUAAGCUGAUGUACAGGAGUAAAACUCAUUUACCUUGUCAUGUUUAUCCUUUAGGGUAGUGGUCAGUAUUUAUUAACGCAUAAAACAGUCUCAGUUUCUCUGCUUCAGUCAACCACUAACUGGCUGUUUUGUUAUAUAUAUAUAUAUAUAUGUUUAAAAAUAUAUAUAUAUAUAUAUAAAUAUAGUUUAUUUAUGAGGUUUAGGUGAAGAAUGGUCAUUGUAAAUCAUCACCAGUUUGACUUGUACAUUUUUUAAAUGUUCACCCAGUAACUCCAGAGUAGCAGUGUUAUCACUGAAAUAUAUAUAAAAAAGAAAAAUGUCCAUCUUAAGUUGAGCACCAUCUUGUAUCCCACUGUAACUUCUGUAUAAGCUGUAUAAUAUCAGAGUAAUUGCAAUAACCACAGUGCAGUAGUAGUAGUAGUAGUAGUAGUAGUAGUAGUAGUAGUAGUAGUGUAUUAGCCUCCAGUCAGAGCAGUAUGAGUAAGGAACUGUCGCUAAGUCAGUCAGCUCAAUAUGUUGGGCCCUACCGACUGGAAAAAACACUGGGGAAGGGACAGACAGGACUGGUCAAGCUCGGGGUCCACUGUAUUACGGGUCAGAAGGUAGCCAUCAAAAUAGUCAACAGGGAGAAGCUGUCGGAGUCGGUCCUGAUGAAGGUCGAGAGGGAGAUUGCCAUUCUGAAACUGAUUGAGCAUCCGCAUGUGUUGAAGCUGCAUGACGUUUACGAGAAUAACAAAUACCUGUACCUGGUGUUGGAGCAUGUGUCAGGGGGAGAGUUGUUUGACUACCUGGUGAAGAAGGGCCGGCUGACUCCCAAAGAGGCCAGGAAGUUCUUCAGGCAGAUCAUCUCUGCUUUGGAUUUCUGCCACAGUCAUUCCAUCUGUCACAGAGACCUGAAGCCCGAGAACCUGCUCCUGGAUGAAAAGAACAACAUCCGUAUAGCUGACUUUGGCAUGGCCUCCCUACAGGUGGGAGACAGUUUGUUAGAGACCAGCUGUGGAUCACCACAUUAUGCUUGCCCUGAAGUUAUACGGGGUGAGAAAUAUGAUGGACGGAGAGCAGAUGUGUGGAGCUGUGGGGUCAUUCUCUUUGCUCUACUGGUGGGUGCCCUGCCUUUUGACCACGACAAUUUACGUCAGCUCCUGGAGAAGGUAAAGAGCGGGGUGUUCCACAUGCCUCAUUUCAUCCCUCCGGACUGCCAGUCACUGCUCAAGGGCAUGAUUGAGGUCAACCCUGAGAAGAGGCUCACGCUAGAGGCCAUCCAGAAACACGCCUGGUAUCUGGGUGGUCGUAAUGAGCCGUGUCCUGAGCAGCCUCCUCCCAGACGAGUGUGUGUGAGGCGAAUCUUGUCCCUGACUGAGCUGGACCCAGAUGUGUUGGACAGCAUGCACUCGCUGGGUUGUUUCCGAGACAGAGUCAAGCUGACACGUGAUUUGCAAUGUGAAGAAGAAAACCAGGAGAAAAUGAUCUAUUACCUACUGCUGGACAGGAAAGAGCGCUACCCCAGCUAUGAGGAUGAGGACUUGCCUCCACGCAAUGACAUAGCAGACCCUCCUCGAAAACGUGUCGACUCUCCCAUGCUGACACGCCACGGCCGCUGUCGCCCCGAGAGGAAAAGCCUGGAGGUGCUCAGCGUUACUGAACAGGGGUCUCCUACCCCGCCUCGCAGGGCACUGGACACAGCUGCACACAGCCAGAGGUCUCGCUCAGUCAGCGGAGCAUCAACUGGUCUCUCCUCUAGUCCUCUCAGCAGUCCCAGGGUCACUCCCCAGGGUUCUCCGUUGCCCACCCCCUUGGGCACCCCUGUCCACCACCCUCACCACCCCUCCUCCACCCCGCCCUCCUCUUCCUCGUCCUCAUCCUCUUCGCGGGCAGAGGGAGGAGGAGGGGUGGGCUCGCUGUCGCUGACCCCGCCUUCCAGUCCAGGAGGGGGGAGCGGCAUGGCGGCCAGCAGCUCUGCCCACUGGAGGACUCGCCUCAAUUCUUUCAAGAACAACCUGCUGGGCUCACCCCGUUUCCAUCGCCGUAAACUGCAAGUUCCUACAUCAGAAGACAUGUCCAGUCUAACACCAGAAUCUAGCCCUGAGCUGGCUAAGAAGUCGUGGUUUGGGAACUUCAUCGGCUUGGAGAAGGAGGAGCAGAUCUUUGUGGUGAUCAGAGACAAACCUCUGAGCUCGGUCAAAGCCGACAUUGUCCACGCCUUCCUGUCUAUCCCGUCGCUCAGUCACAGCGUCCUCUCCCAGACCAGCUUCCGGGCCGAGUACAAAUCCUCCGGCGGCCCUUCCGUCUUCCAGAAGCCCGUCAAGUUCCAGGUGGACAUUGCCUUCUCCGAGGGAGAGAGAGAGCGAGAGAGGGAGAGGACCGAGAGGGAGGGAAGGAGGGAGACAGGAAUCUACAGCGUGACGUUCACCCUCAUAUCAGGUCCGAGUCGCAGGUUCAGACGAGUGGUGGAAACGAUUCAAGCUCAGCUUCUCAGCUCCCAUGAUCAACCCAUGGUGCAAGCCCUAUCUGAUCCCUUCCCAGAUGAGAAGAACGGCCGGCCCCACGGGACCCCCACCCGCCAAAACUCAAGGCGCUCCGAGGGUGGGGGCGACAGGUGCGAGUGGGGAGACCGAGCAGAUGGCGGAGGCAUAGGAGGCAGCGGGGGAGUUCUGCAGCGCAGAGGCUCGGCAAAAGAGAGAACCCGACUGCUGUCCUCCAACGGAACCCAAUCCCAACCGUAGGAUAGAAAAUGGGACCACGCAGCAGGAUGCCUGAACUACACCGGAAAGAAGACAGUAUAGCUUCAUCUCCAAGUAUCCCUGCAAGCCAUGAGCUACUCCUAUUCUUCCUUGACUAAGUUAUUAAAGGUACUUGACCGUAGCAAGGAUUGAGCCUUUUUCCCCCCCAUCAUGCUUUUUUUUUUUUCUUUUCAACUCGACAUUCUUUUCGGAUCACCAGGAUUCCUACCCUUAAAUGAGAAAGAAGUGUUAAGGAAUCACCCUUUAAUGAAAAAAAAUAUAUAUAUAUGUGAAUGAGCAGUUUGGUAUCCAUCAUAGAUACAGCUUCACAGAUCAAACUAGGAAUUUUGAAGUGCUAAUGUGCAUGCCAGUUAGCAAAUCAGCCUGCUAAAGGAUGCUGACAUGAUCAGAUAGGCUAGUACUACCAUAUCAUUGUAAUACAGUACCUGACACCAAAAAGAAAUAUCAAGUCUUGUGACGGUUCUCAAGAUUACUCUUAAAAUUAACCAGUGCGCUCAUAUCAUUAUCAAGCAACAUGCAAUUUACCAGUCCAUACUGAAAGAAAUAUAGAUGUAUCUCAGCAGAUGAACCCUAAGAAUUAGCAACCUGCUACCACGUCAGCGGAGUGGUGAUGAGUUGAACAAAAAGGUCCUGAUUUUCUCAGGAGAAACUACAUCCUGGAUUUUUCCAGCAGUGUCUUCUCCUGAGGUAAAGAAAAACCAACAAAGUAAGCUAAGUAAGUGAAUGUGAAAAAAAAUAUUUUUUUAUUUAGGUUUUUUUUAUGUUUCUUUUGAGGAUGUUAGUAGCACAGUGAUAGAAGUAAAGACAGUAACUGAUAACACUCUGCAGUGUUGGGGAGGGGGAAGGUGACCGGAUGCUUUUCAGCAAGGCGUUCUUUUAAAGUUAAACGUUUUGGAUUCUUUUGUAUUUUCUUUUUACUCAGAGACAAUAUGAAAUGGUGCAUCUAAAGAUUUUCGCAUUGGACUUUUGUUGCUCUGAAGAAAAGUAUUUUUUGAUUUUGAACAGAAAUAUGAACAUUACUAUAUGGAAGAAAAAAGAAAAAAAACAAAACAAAAAAAAACACUACGCGUGAAUAGUUCCAUGAACCUCAUCACAGCUGUUUGUGCCCAGAUUGAAUGAGAAGAGCAUUCACUGGCCUGUGGAUCAAACAGAAGCCACCUUUCUCGUCGAGCUUGUCUCCUAUUGCCAUAGUAUUCACCUACUGACUCCGAACAACAAUAAAACAACAACGACAAAAAAAGAAGAAGAAAGAAAACACAAAGGAAACUCAUCAAUGGACAUUUUCAUAAUGCCGGACUUUAAAAGGCUUGCGAUGUCAAUUCCUUGUUUAACAGGACUUCAAAAAUGGGAAGUGAGCAAAUAGUCUCAUUAACACGCCCAUGCUCCUCCUCACUUCAGUGUUCACCAACAAGCCAAGUAGUCCAUCACUGCACCCACGCUCCAUCACUUGAGAGUCGCACCAUUCAGCAAGCAGACGUAGCAACUCGGGACGGUCAUGUAUUACUCCAGCACUCUUAUCAGAAUAGUCAAUGUUCAUCACCAGUCUUCCAUACAGCACAAUAUGCAACAAAAGUGCAGAAUGUUUUCAGAGCGAUACAUGCUACAGUUUUCUUUAUUUGAAUGGUGAUUUUUCUUUUUUUUUUUAAACUCAUCCAUCUAUUUAUUUUUUUUAUUAUUUAUUUAUUUAUGUAUUUAUUUAUUUAUUUAUUUAUUUAUUUGGUUACGUGCUUGUUUGUGCCAUGUAUAUCUAGAUUUUGGCCAACAAAAAUAUAUCAAGAGCUAAUUCAAGAAACCACUUCUAUUUCAUUUCUCGUGACCACUCUUGUUUAAUUUAAGCGCUUCUUUCCAUGCAAAAGAUCGACUUUGAUAGCAGUACUGACAAGUUGCUUUUGUUUAUAUCUCAUAUCUGUUUUAUCACGCUUAACUCUGGCAACUGAAACAUAUGUGUGUGUGUGUGUGUGUGUGUGUGUGUGUGUGUUUAUGUUUGUGUGAGACAGGUGGAUGAUGAGAGAGUGAGCUGAAAACUUUGCAGCACAUGCAUUUUGAGCUGAUCACAUCCGGACUGACCCAGGAAUAUGAAGUUAAUUAACAUAACCAAACCCCUAACAGGCACAUCAUUUCUCUCUCACGCACAUUGAAUGCUCGCUAAUUCGCUUCAUCUCUUGCUUUUUAUGCCUUUGUCCCUAUGACCUGUCUGUCUGCCUCUUCACCUGUUGUGUAGCCAUCAUCACAAGAGAAACUGUACAAAGUUGUUUGCCUCACUGUCCGUGCACACUUUAUGAUUGCUCACCAUCACCAGUUUCAUCUUCUCUCAUCACCCACGUCACCUUCACUUUCAUUGACCCAACUCUGGCUAAGAUUGUAAACUAUUCUCCAUUCAUAAGGGUCAGUAGAAUAAGGUGUUUAAAAAAAGAAAUGUCUGUAUCAUAAUUUAAAUAUAAAAAGUGCACUAUUAUAACUAUUGCCUGUGAUAAAAAGAACAAUUAUGAUUGAAGUGAUGGUCAAAAUAAAGAGAGAUCCACCUUAUUGUUAUGGUUACAAUAAUAAACCCUAAAUUCAU